AUGUUUUCACUCUUUACCUCGCCCGCUUCGCCAUCCUCGCCUGCCUCGCCUUCCUUACCAGAGUCAUCUCCCAGCCCGACAAAGAUUCACAGUCCGGUCACACCCUCGCUCUCCGAAAAGUCCGAACAGCUGGGCAUUGGGUCCUUUCCACAUCUCCCUCUCGAAAAGGUGCGCGUCGGGACAAAGAUCGACAUCAAGCGGCAAAUGAUGAUGGUUCAGCUUGGCCCGGAUCGGUUCAUCAUCAACAUUGACAAAAACGCGACGAAGAUCCCACAUCACACGGUCAGGGCUGUUGGGUAUUACAUUGAAGGCGAGACGAAAUUGAUCGUUCUGAACACAAGCGAAAAACUUGACCCCGAGUCGAUCCUCGCACCCUACUACGAUCCAUCCCCUCUAUCCAUUGCGGUCCACAUCGAAGAUUUGGCGCGACUGUUCGAGAGCGACUUCUUGAACGAUAUCCUCAUCGAGUUUGGUCUGAAAUAUAUCUAUGAAGGGCUCGAGAAACGUAACCCGGAGCUUGCAAAGAGGACGUACAUCUUCAAUUCUUUCUUUUAUCAGAGACUGAUUGACAAGCCUGCCGUGGGAAUGAGCGCUUACGAUGCUGUCAAAAGUUGGACAAACAAAAUUGACAUCUUUGCUAUGGACUCCAUCGUUGUGCCAAUUUGUGAAAAGGCACACUGGUAUCUGGCAAUCAUCACCAACCCAGGCCUACUUUUGAAGGAGGACUCUGACGACCAACCCCGGACGAACAGUAAUGAGAGUAGCAACGCUGCUAGUCCAAUCCCCAGUCCCUCGCGUGAUUCGACAAGUGGAUCCCCAGACGAUUCGCCUGUUUUUCCUUCAGUCACGGAGUCGAUGGACAGUUUGGCAGGAAGCACCAAGGACCUACUUCGGAUCAAGGGAGAGCAUGGGAUCGACCAAGAUGCACCGGAAAGGAUCGAGUCUGCGACAGGAAGGCCUAAAAGACUUCCGCGCUCCACAGUUCCAGUCGAUGUGAAAGCAAAGUAG